UCGAAUGAUCAAUAUGUAUGUAACUUCAAUGGAAUGUUCAUGAAAAGUGUACUACGCCAUCUAUGUAUAUUGUACUUGAACACGCAUAAGGAUAUUUUACCAUCUUUCUUAUGUUUACACUUUCAAAACUAUAAAUGUUGUACAUACAGAAUUCAUACAUAUUUAAAUAUUGUUCAGAAUAGGCUAAGUAAUUAGGCAGUGGUUAAUUUAUUCUUAUAUUAUUAAGUUUAAUUAUAGAUACCGUGUAUAUAAAUAAAACCAGAACAUCAUGAACAAAAAUGGACCACCACCACCUUAUGCACCACCUGCUUACUCGGAGGUAAUGGGCGGUGUUCCACCUGCUAGUCCUUUUACACCUGCAGAAACCUAUACCAAUGGACCAACCAUAGUAACAACAGUUGUUCCACUUGGACCAGGAUCGACUCAUACAAUAUGUCCAAGUUGUCAAGCAGAAAUCGAUACUUCAACUAAAACAGAACCUGGUGUGAUUGCUUAUAUAUCUGGUGUUGUUAUUGCAUUAAUGGGGGGCUGGUUGGGAUGCUGUUUGAUUCCUUGCUGUAUCGAUGAAUGCAUGGAUAUUCAUCAUAGUUGCCCUAACUGCAAAACUUACCUCGGUCGUUACAGAAGAUAAGGAAACAUAAUACUAGAAUCUCUUUUUAUUGCAUUUCACUUUGAAACAAUUUUGAGAUUGGAUUAUAUUAUAACAUGCACAUAAUAAUCUAAUCACGACAAUUUCUUGUACUGUCAAGUGCCUUAACAGUACUGCCAAGUGUACAAAUGAAAAUUGCCUUGGUAGCUUUGUUCACAACAAAUGUUACACGAUAUUAAUUUUUAUAUGUAACAUAUAUACAUAUAUAUAUA